AUGGCGGCCGUGCAGCGACUCCUCCGGGCAGCCGCCUCCGGUGGUUCGGCGAUGGCGGCGGCGGCGGCCAGGAGACGCAUGACGUCGCUAGCGACGGAGCAGGCGCCGUCUGCGGCCGCCGGGUUCUCGUUCGCGGCGGAGGAGAGGGUCAGGCGGCGGCCGAUGGCGGAGAGGAACGUGCAGUGGGUGUUCCUGGGCUGCCCGGGCGUGGGCAAGGGCACCUACGCGAGCCGCCUGUCGCGCCUCCUCGGCGUGCCCCACAUCGCGACGGGGGACCUUGUUCGCGACGAGCUCGCCUCCACCGGGCCACUUGCUGCUCAGCUUGCUGAAAUUGUUAAUCAGGGGAAAUUGGUUUCUGAUGAAAUUAUCUUCAAUCUUUUGUCCAAAAGGCUUAAGAAAGGAGAAGACCAGGGAGAAUCAGGAUUUAUUCUUGAUGGUUUUCCCCGUACAGUAAAACAAGCGGAAAUUCUUGAUGGCGUUACAGACAUUGAUAUGGUGGUUAAUCUAAAACUAAGAGAAGAUGUUCUAGUAGAGAAGUGCCUCGGCAGAAGGAUUUGUGGCCAAUGUGGAAAGAACUUCAAUUUGGCAUGCAUUGAUGUUAAGGGUGAAAAUGGACUACCAGCAAUCUACAUGGAACCACUGUUGCCCCCAAACAACUGCAUGUCAAAGCUUAUUACCCGAGCUGAUGAUACUGAAGAGGUGGUCCGAAAUCGGCUUCGGAUAUAUAAUGACAUGAGUCAACCUGUGGAAGGUUUCUACCGGGAGCAGGGGAAGCUCUUGGAAUUUGACUUGCCCGGAGGGAUCCCUGAAUCUUGGCCAAAGCUGCUCCAGGUUCUAAACCUCGAGGACCAAGAGGAGUUGAAGCUGGCUGCAGCAUAG